AUGUGUCUUCCCAUCGCGGCCGGCCUGGUGGUUGGUGGCUUCAUCUGUCGUGAGGUUUCGGCAUUCAAUGGCUCUGAUCAGGUCAGCGCCGUCCAGGGACUCUUUUAUACUGCGACAUAUAUUUUGAUCCUCCCGCUUUGUGCCCUCGUCCUUCAUUUAGACUAUCAUCUCCUCACCAGUUUCCCAUCUCCGAUCCCCCGAAUUCGUCCACCACUGUACCUCUUCUUCAUUUCCAUGUUCACCUCGGCCGUCAUCGCUUGCACUGCCCAGGGCUGCGCGACAUAUUUUUCCCCUGAGGGCCAGCCACCAGGGCAGAUCAGGUCAGGAAUACGCCUCGUCAAGGCGUCCCUAUUCUUGCAACUAUUUUGCAACCUGCUCCUCCUCAUCAUUCUCAAAGUCUGGAUCAUAAUGCUCUACGUCCGGCGCCGUCGGCUGGCCCAGGAAAUACCCCGCCCGCCACGCGACGUGAUCAAAGUGAUGGCUCUGCUCGUUUUCUGGCUCGGCAUGAUCAUCCUGACGAACGUCUUUCGCACGAUCCAAAUCUACGCUCAGCCCACUUCGCGACUGUGGACCAACGAGGGCUGGUUCUUCGGGUUUUUCGUCGCGGAGUUGGUCUUGUAUAGUGCAGUGUGGCACUUGGCACAUCCAGGACGCCUGAUGAGCCAGCGAGAAUGCGGGCUGGGAUCCCGUGGGUCAAAGAGCAACGCCGGGGAGACCUAA